AUGGAGGAAACUGACGCAGUAAAAAAGCUAUUGAUUACCCUUGGCGAUCUUACGGGGACAAUUUCUAGCAAACUUAAGGAAAAUGUCCUUGAAAAAACCUUAAGUGAAAGCUUAGAUGAAAUAACGAGACAUAAAGAAAGCAAUAAAGCGAACGAUGAAGCACUGAAUGAACUUGAGCAAGCAAAAAUUUUAAACAUGUAUGCAUAUCUACUAGUUUCACUUUCUUUUACCAAUGCCAAACUGGAUGGAGUCAAGUUCAACAAUGAAGCACCGAUUAUGCAAGAGAUUAAGAGGGUGAAACAAUACAUGGACAGAGUGAAGAAAGCAGAAGAGUCGCUUUAUGAGUCUGCUGAAAAAGCCAGAAAAAGGGAAGCUGAAUCAGAAACUUUCAUCAACAAACACUUAGGAGAACCGGCCGUUUCCAAGGUCCACUUUCAAGAUAGGGAGGAGACGAACAAAGUGCAGACAGAAAGCAAAAACAAGCACCAGUACUUUAAAGAUCAUGACAAUCUCAAGCAGGCUCUUCAAGAGGAGAAAAGGAAUGAUAGCACUAAGCAGAGCAAGAGUAAAAGUAAGAACAAAAACAAGGGCAGACAAAUUGGGAAUGUUGAUACAAAGAAUGGAAAGGUUAGCAAAAGCCGGAAGUAA